AUGUCGACCAUCAUCAAUGGCAGCAUUGUGAAGAACCAACAAACCUUUGUCCUCAUUGGCAUUCCUGGGAUGCAGGGAUACAACUCUUGGAUGGCUUUCCCACUGAGUGUGCUCUACAUCCUGACUCUCCUGGGAAACAUCACAAUCCUCUUUGUCAUCAAGACCGAGCAAAGCCUCCAUGAGCCCAUGUACAUCUUCCUCUCCAUCCUGGCCUGCUCAGAUCUGGGCCUCACCAUCUCCACCAUGCCAACCAUGCUGAGUGUUUAUUGGUUUGACUCCAGGGAAAUCUCCUUCAAUGUGUGCAUCACCCAGAUGUUCUUCAUCCAUACAUUUCAAUGGGUAGAGUCCGGCAUCCUAGUGGCCAUGGCCUUUGACCGCUUCAUUGCCAUUCGUGACCCUCUCAGGUACACCUCAGUUCUCAAAAAUUCAGUAAUUGGGAAAAUAGGGAUAGGCAUCUUCUCUAGAGGGUUCUCUCUCAUCUUCCCCAUCCCUUUCCUUAUCAAACGGCUGCCCUUCUGCAGAUCCAACGUGCUCUCUCACUCAUACUGUCUUCACCCAGAUGCCAUGAAGUUGGCCUGUGCAGAUAUCAGAGUCAACAUGUUGUAUGGCUUGAUUAUAGUCAUUUGCACAUUGGGCUUAGAUGUUGUGAUUAUUCUUUUGUCCUACGUGCUAAUCCUGAAGACCAUCUUGAGCAUCGCCUCCCACAAGGAGCGCCUCAAAGCUCUGAACACUUGUGUCUCCCACAUCUGUGCCAUCUUGAUUUUCUAUGGUGUCACAGUGGUACAUCGAUUUGGAAGACACCUCUCUCCCAUCGUUCAUAUGAUGAUGGCCAACGUCUAUAUUGUGGUCCCACCACUUCUUAAUCCCAUUGUGUACAGCGUCAAAACCCAGCGGAUUCAGCAAAGGAUAUGCAAGAUCCUCCAGAGAAGGAAAAUCAGGAGUUGA